UCUCUACACGAUAUAAUUUAAAGAUUCUGUUUUUCUGGUUUUCUCGUCUGCAGGCGUGUGUACAAGAAAACGCAUGGCGCUGCCGGUGCAGUCGCGUUCGUAGCGGAGGCGGAAAGAACUGUGUUCAGGCAAGCCCUACAAUGUCGAAGCGCGACUAUGGUUGUUAGACCAGGAAACAGAGAGAAAUUUCUUUAAGUAAAGUGAAAUUUAUCAAAGUUUUAUGAUUGAGAAAGUACUGAUGACAAUCGCUGAUUUUUAAUAAAAGUGAUUCAAUUAUUAAGUAAUUGAUUGCGAAAUGAAUAUCGUGCCAGGAACAGCCUCAUUACUUGAAGAACUCGACAAAAAACUUAUGGUUUUACUGAGAGAUGGUAGAACAUUAAUUGGUUACCUCAGAAGUGUGGACCAAUUUGCUAAUAUUGUGCUACACCGUACCAUUGAAAGGAUUCAUGUUGGCAAAGAAUAUGGUGAUAUUCCAAGAGGUAUAUUUAUAGUGAGAGGUGAAAAUGUUGUGCUCCUGGGAGAAAUAGAUAGAGAGAAAGAGAAAGUUCUGCCCCUGACGCAAGUGACAGUGGACGAUAUUCUAGAUGCUCAGAGACGCGAGCAAGAGCUGAAACAAGAUCAGAAACGACUGAGGAAUAAAGCCCUAAAAGAACGCGGUCUUUCGUAUAUGCCAGAUCUGAAUCACGACGAUAUGUUCUGACCUACGACUGUAUCUGUUUCUUCACUCUCUAAUUUACCUUCACGCGAUACCGAUGAUUACAAAGUUCGCUGUACUCCGCUUUCCAUCUAAAUAUGCAUCUUUCUCUCGUGGAUCAAUGUUUAAAGAACUGUUCAAAAAAUUUGUGUGUAGUCAAAUGCUUGAAAGUGCAACACUUUUUUGUCUCAAUGAACUUCGGAACGCGUCUCCUAUUCAAUGAAAAAUUUAAUUUUUAAUAACUUUCAGAAGAUACAUUUUGACAGGAUGCGUCGCGAAACUCACGAAAGAAUGAAAGUGUUGCAACUUUUAAGGUUGCUGGUCCCACUGCUACAGAACUCUAGAUUUAUAACAUCAGAAGCGAGAAAAUGCACAUCAAAAAUUCUUGUGUAUCAUUUUUAAAUAAAAAAAUAUUCAUAUGAAAAAGCACUUUUUAGAUCGCUUGAGCACGCUUGUAAAAUUCUUUGAAAACAAUUAGUUUCUCUUGGCAGUUAAUAAAUAGCUCUAAAACUAACAUGACAAAAUUAUAAGGAAAAGUAAGUUAAAGAGGAAGGUUGCAUACAUGUUAAUUUUAAGGCUAUUUAUUGACUGUCAAGAGAUAGUUUUUGGAGCCCAGUUAACGGGUCAGGAAAAUACUGAACAAAAGUGUUUCACUAGGCUAAACAAAUAUACGGAAUGCGAAAACUGUACAAAUAUUUUUUUUAGUAAUAACAUUGCAAGUAUUUGAGUUACUGCUUGAAUAUACGUGGGAGUUAUGUUAUUUUUGGCUCUUAAAAGUAUUUUACGAGUAUGCUCAAGCGAUCUGAUAUACAAAAAUCUUUUUGUUUGAAAAUAGCCCACGAGAAUUUUUGACACGUAUUUUUUCGCUUCUGAUGUCAUUAACUCGGGGUUCCACAGCGGCGAAACCAAGAGCUUUAAGUAUUUAGCUGGUAGAAAAAAAGGAAAGCAAAAGGAAAAAAACGAGAUAACCGAAUAGCAUAGUUCACAUUGAAUCAAUAUAAAUGUAUGAGAUGACAUGAUAACAUUGUGUUGUCUAUAAUAGCGUGUGUGUGCGUUACUUUCUUUUUCGACAGAAAGAAAGCGUAUUUCUUUUUUUCGGCUACUUUUAAUUCAUAUUAAAGUCGUCGAAAAAUUUAGGAAAAUUUGUACACGCGCGCGUACUUGCUUAUAUUUAUGUAAAAAUUAAAAUAAUGUCUUAGAUAAAUAUCGAAAAAUAGUAUAUAUAUAGUACGUUGAUUUUUUUAAUAAAUUUUAAGAUAUUUACAGUCACAUGUAUACAACCGCUAUUAUAGUAUGAAUAUCGUAUUACGAUUCGUCAUAUAUAAACUUAAUUUUAUUUAUAAAUAUUUUAACAAACUUUGUGCGUAUUGUAAACUUGCUUAGAGUGCACAAAAAUUAUUACUUUACGUUCUAUAUCGAAGUAUAAAAUUAUAUAUUAUGCAAUUUUUUUCCUAGAUUCCAAACAAAAAAGAAUAUAUAAUUAGAAAAAAAUACCUAAUUGCGUCUCAGUACUCAGUACACAGCUUUUCGCAAAUGCCAUCAUCAAAAGAGUGUCAUGAAAAAGAAAUAGAAUUCUUUAGCAUACAUAUCCUAUAUAUAUCAUAUAUUAUAGCGACGUUUAGUUCUCGUAAAUAGAAUAAAUAAUUCAGUUGUCGAACAGUCAA